AUGGCACAUGCUGUACUUUGUGGCUAUGUGGCACAUGCUGCACCUUGUGACUAUGUGGCACAUGCUGUACCUUGUGGCUAUGUGGCACAUGCUGUACCAUGUGGCUAUGUGGCAUAUGCCGUACCUUGUGGCUAUGUGGCACAUGCUGUACCUUUUGGUUAUGUGGCACAUGCUGUACCUUGUGGUUAUAUGGCACAUGCUGUACCUUGCGGCUAUGUGGCACAUGCUGCACCUUCUGACUAUGUGGGACAGGCUGCACCUUGUGGCUAUGUGGCACAUGCUGUACUGUGUGGCUAUGUGUCACAUUCUGUACCUUGUGGUUAUGUGGCACAUGCUGUACCUUGCGGCUAUCUGGCACAUGCUGCACCUUCUGACUAUGUGGGACAUGCUGUACCUUGUGGCUAUGUGUCACAUGCUGUACCUUGUGGCUAUGUGCACAUGCUGUAG